CUUUAUUUAACUAUGCUAAAAUAAUUAUUAAAGACCCUAGAUGCAAAAUCGUCAAUUAUUGAGUUAAAUGGAUUAUUAGAUAGAUUUUAAGGAUAAUUAAAGGUGCGUUAAAAUCCUCGAUAACUAAGCCAUGAUGUCGAUGGAAGAGCAUGCCAAAGAAUUCAACCUGCACUUCAAGCAGUUAUUUCUCAACAAGGAAAAUGGUUCAACAGAGACAAGUGCCUAUAAUCCGUGGCUGUGCUCAUACGACGUCAAAAACGGCAGCAACGGAUCAAACCUCUCGGCCGACUGUCUGAUGUUCCAUGACAACCUUCUUCAGGCACUACUUGACGACACUCGAUCUUAUACGCCGUCGCCGGCACAUCGAUUCUUCACCUAUAUCACACCUGUAAUCGCCGUGUUCGGGGUGGUUGGAAACUCGGUAUCACUCAUGGUCUUCUUGUCCAAAAACAUGCGCAAGCUUUCUGCCAGCAUGUAUCUAAUCGCUUUGGCAAUAUCCGACAUAAUGUCACUUGUGUUUUAUGUACUGCCUGAAUGGCUCAAGCAUGGAGAACCGUUGCUUUCUGGAUACAGUUGGCCACCAUUGCUGCAGCAAAAUGGCGUGUGUCAGUCAGUUUUGUAUCUUCAGUACAUCGCCCGAUUUUUGUCAUCUUGGUUCCUCGUUUUCUUCACUAUUGAACGGUUUAUUGGCGUCUGUUUCCCGCUACGUCGAAAAGACCUUUGUGACCCCCGAUCUGCAUCCAGGGUCAUACUCGGCGCCGUCGUGGUGGCAUCCGCUGGAUGCGUGUUCAAACCCGUUCUCAGUGGUUCUUUCCCCACAAUAAGCGGUGCUAUGAUGUGCACGAGCGAUAGCCAUCACCAGUACCUCUCGUUCAUUCUAGACAGCAUAUUUGGAGUGAUAAUAACAUUUAUUCCAUUCAUCCUUAUCACAAUUCUUAAUGUGUUCAUCAUACGCAAGCUCGUGUUACGAAACAAACGUAAUAGAAAAAUACGCGUCAUUACCACGGAAUCCAUCAUUCGCCUGGAAUUCACGUUCAUUCUCUUGGCAAUGUCCAUUUGUUUUGUUGCGCUGAACCUUCCAUACUUUGCUGUAUGGUGCAGACGUUACUGGAAAAUACGCCAGAUGUUAAACAUGCACAUGAUGUCGCCGACCACACUACAACACCAUGAUGACAAUAUUGGCGAUCUCGACAACACCCUUCACGUGACAAGGACCAUUUUCUAUAUAAACUAUUGCAUCAAUUUCUUUCUCUACUCGGUGACUGGGGCAUAUUUCCGAAAAGAACUUAAACAUCUAUUCUGCAAAGGUGAUCAAAACAUUAGAUUGAGCUACGCGCACAGAUAUUCUGCGUAUACUACGAAGCCUCAUUCCCAGACAUCCCGGCAAACCAGUCUUCUUUGAAUCUACCGGAGAAAUUGAAAUACUGUUUUAGUGAUUAUUUCUUCAUUUAUUUUGUGUAAAUUUAGAAAAAUUAUGAUUAUAUCCAUAUGUUAUCAAUUUGCUUUAACUUUUUUAAUUUUACUAAAAUGUACGUUGUUAUCGUGAACAACACGGUCAUACACUAUCGAAAAUCUCUCCGAAUGAGAAAAAAAGACAACAAGUCUGAGGAGAUGCUCUGUUUUGCAAGACAAAAUGGCAUAUUCAUUAUUUCAUUUAUUUUUUCGUCAUGUAGUACAGCUAGUUUUCUUAGUUCCUAGCAUGAGAUUAACAAUAAUCAACCUGUAUGUUUGCCAAUAACGAUGAUAAUCUCAAGAUAGUCUCUUGUCAAACAGAAACUAUUUAAAACAAGUGCCAGUCCACAUUUGCAAAACUGAACCUUGACUAUUUGUUUAUAGAAAUUGGCUUUUUCUUCUGUUUAAAUUAAGCAGUUAUUAAUGGCGAUUUACUGUUAUAGCAUGUACAUUAUUUCGCAUAGCAUUGCAUGGACUAGAUAUGUA